GUCAGGAGGCGGUGCCGCGCCGCGGCCGGAGUGGGCCGAGGUUGGAUGAAGAGCCUCAACUUCUUCCGGGUGUCCCUUUAAAACAUUUCUUAUUUCUCCACUUCCUUCUCCCCAUGGAAGACAGGCUGGGGUUCCUUUUUUGCUGUUCAUGCUGAGCAGUUGCUUGGAGAGGUGGUGCUUGAGUGGAGAUACACCUGGUGAUGAUACAAAUGUGGGAAUCACCCCGGAUGUGGUUGCUGCUGGUGCUCCCCUGGGAACAUGCCUUGAUAGGGAAUUAACACCAGUCAGUGAUGGGCUGUGGGACCAGCAAAGUGCUUCCCGAGCCCCCCAAGGAUGUGCAGCUAGACCUGGUUAAAAAAGUGGAACCUUACACGGGCCACAGCGACAUCUACAAGCAUUUCAUCAAAGAUGACUGCAGGGCUGUCAUCAAAGCUGGCUCUCCCUCCCCUCCCCACCACACCAACCCCUGUCCCGGGAGCGCCCCGCCCGCCCAGCAGCCCGAGCCCCGCAAGAACAAAGUGGCCAAGUACCGCGCCAAGUUCGACCCGCGCGUGACGGCCAAGUACGACAUCAAAGCGCUGAUCGGCAGGGGCAGCUUCAGCCGCGUGGUGCGCGUGGAGCACAAGGCCACCAAGCAGCCCUACGCCAUCAAGAUGAUCGAGACCAAGUACCGCGAGGGGCGCGAGGUGUGCGAGUCGGAGCUGAGCGUGCUGCGCCGCGUGCGCCACACCAACAUCAUCCAGCUCAUCGAGGUCUUCGAGACGCAGGACCGCGUGUACAUGGUCAUGGAGCUGGCCACCGGUGGAGAGCUCUUCGACCGCAUCAUCGCCAAGGGCUCCUUCACCGAGCGGGACGCCACGCGCGUGCUGCAGAUGGUGCUGGACGGGGUCAGGUACCUGCACACGCUGGGCAUCACCCACCGCGACCUGAAGCCCGAGAACCUGCUCUACUACCACCCGGGCACCGACUCCAAGAUCAUGAUCACCGACUUCGGGCUGGCCAGCGCGCGCAAGAAGGGGGACGACUGCCUGAUGAAAACCACGUGCGGCACCCCAGAGUACAUCGCCCCCGAGAUCCUGGUCAGGAAGCCCUACACGAACUCGGUGGACAUGUGGGCGCUGGGGGUCAUCUCCUACAUCCUCCUCAGCGGCACGAUGCCCUUCGAGGACGACAACCGCACCCGCCUGUACCGGCAGAUCCUGAAGGGGAAGUACAGUUACUCAGGCGAGCCCUGGCCCAGCGUGUCCAACCUGGCCAAGGAUUUCAUCGACCGCCUGCUGACGGUGGACCCCAGCGACAGGAUGACGGCCCUGCAGGCCCUGAAGCACCCGUGGGUGGUCAGCAUGGCAGCCUCCUCCUCCAUGAAGAACCUGCACCGCUCCAUCUCACAGAACCUUCUCAAGAGGGCUUCCUCCCGCUGCCAGAGCACCAAGUCAGCUCAGUCCACCCGCUCCAGCCGCUCCACCAAGUCCAACAAAUCGCGGCGCGUGCGGGAGCGGGAGCUGCGCGAGCUCAACCUGCGCUACCAGCAGCAGUACACGGGCUGAGCUUGAGUCUCUGGAAAGGAAAAUUCAAAAGGAGGACCCUUGCCACAGGUCUGCUCUGCCCUGCAGGUGUGCACACACUCAGUGAGGAACAGCCAGGUUCCUCCCUCCCUCCCUCCCUGCAGGAGGUGUCCCCCUCACCCCGUGUGGAGGAAAGGGAACCUCGUGGUGGCCGUGCCAGCCUGCGAGGGUCUCGCACCAGGAACGGGGGAGUCCUUGUGGGCUCAGAGCCUCGAGGAAUUAAGGAGCCACGUGGGGAGAAGAGCUCUUUCUGUAGCCCAGGAGCUUGGUUGUUCAUAGUUAUUUAUUAAUUCCAGAGCGUUUAGUUUGUCUCACUUGUGUACGGAAAAAAGAAGCAAUCACUUGGUGUGUCUGUGCGCGCACGUCCGUGUGUGCACACACACGUGUGGGGGUGUAUAUGUAUUUAAAAAUCAUAGAUACUCAGAUUUUGGGCUGGUUUAGUCAGACUCCGUGGUGCCUUUGCAGCGAAGCUGGAGUGAGUCAUGUGCAGUUACAAGUGGGAUAGCUCUGACUCACUGCUGUGCUGCCCACCAGCUCCUCGCCAAAGAGAUGCCAGACAGCAGUUUUCCACCAGGGCUGGGAAGCUGUGAGGUUUCCCCCAAGGGCUGCCAUCCUCCUGAUGACGUCAAGGGCUCACUUGAUGACAUCAAGGGUUUACCCCUGGAAUUGUCCUUUCCCUGUUUGCAGCAAGACCAGUGCCUGUCACGCAGGGUUUGUUGUUCUUGUGGAUCUGUUGUGUCUCUGACAUGUUGCGCACCUUGCACCCUUCAGAAGAAGAUUAAGAAGGUUUUUUUGUGCUAAGGGGAAAAAAGAGGAGGGAGGUUUUAGGGAUGUGCUUCCCACCCCAGAGGUGGGAUGGGCUAUAACCACUGUAAGCACAGUGUUACUGACCAUGUCACUGCACCAGAACUUUGGUGCUUCCAGGCUGCUCCCUGCCUGCAGAUUUGACAGGGCUCCCCUGCUUUGUGUGCCUGUGCAGCCCCAGCACUGCCAUCCCUGCUUUGGGACAGUGGUGGUGGGAGCUCUUGGGGUGGCCACAAAUGGCUCCACAGCAUCAGGGUAGGGGCUUGGGUAGUGGAAGCCCAGUCUGGGAGUGUCAGCAGUAACAAUACCCUGGAGACAUUGUACAAAUGCCCUAGAGCUGUGAGGGGUGACUUAAGUUCACCAGGAAAAAGCUGCCUUUGAGGAGUCCUUGUGCUGUGUGGGUGAUGAGGUGGCCUCUUACAAAGGACUCUCAGGGGAGGUGGGGGCUGCAGAGCUGAGCUUUCUGCAAGCCUGCUGAGAUUCUCUUCCCAGCUAGUUAGGGCAGCAAAGUGGGGCUGAUGGCACAGGAUGGAUUUGGCUUCUCAUGGUAGCAGAGACAUGAUCAGCAGUGAAGGAAAAUGCUGGGGUUUGAAACUUUUCUUACAAAGCCACACGAUUUGCUUUGUGCUGUGCCCUUGGGAAGGGCUUGCUUGGCUCUGGGCUGGAGGUGCAGGCAGGUCCCAGCUCAAGGGUCUGGUGAGCUUGGCUUUUCCUAGGAUUGAUGGCUGUGCCACUGUGUUUCAGUGUCAGCAGGGCUAAAAUGGUCAGUCCCAUCUCCAGGGAGCUCUCACAGUCACUCCCAGUCAGCAAACAGCAAAGCAGCUUUAAUGGGGGAAGAUUGGAGUUUUCUGUGCUAAGGUAAAAAAAAAUAAAAUAAAGGGGGAUUUCUGGGGGUGUGCUCCCACCCCAAAUGUGGGAUGGGCUGUAAAUGAGUGUAACCAGCCUGGUGUGCCAAGCAUGUGGUGGGGAAUAGAGCAGGCACUUGAGGACAGCCACUGUGUGUAGCAGGAGUGAAUUCAAAAUCCUUUGCAUGGUUUUUCAUGUUAUUUUGAAAACCUCACAUCCUUUGCAGGCUGCCCUUGCUCUGAGCAACCCAUCCUCCCAUGUCACACACAAUCUUUCUUCCUUCAGCAUUAACAGAUACUGUAGAAUUUCCUAUAUUUAUUUUUUUCAACUCUGUGGACUGUAGACAAAAAUAUUUUCAGCAUCUUUUACCUCCUCACAUUGUUUUCCCCUAGUUUGUUACCAGGAACUAUAAACUAGAUGUGAUUUCUGACAAAGCAGCUUGCCACAUUUUGUUUCAUAAACAGUUCAGUGUCCCUCAUGGUCCUGCAAACAGCUCCCCAAAAGCAGGAGCCCCUCUUGGGCCAGGAUCAGCUGGACCCUGGGGUCCUGCAGGUCAGGUGGUGGCAGGAGGCUCCCUCAGAGCACUUCUGCUUCUGAGCCAUUACUUGAAGAGGCUUUGGUGUGUUUGGAGCAUCACUCCAGGCACUGUGAUUGCUUUUACCUCCUGGUUGCUCCCAUGGCCCUCUCCAGAUUAUCCUGCAUUUUUAUCCAUAAAACAGGGAUUUUAUUUUGCCUGGUGAGGGGGUCAAACUGAUGAACUGAGCCAAGACCUCUGGAACUGAGACCCUUCCCCUUAACCACUAGACUGUCAAAGUGCACAGGCAUCAUGCAGAGAUCUGCCCAUGCUGUUCCUUUAUCCUUCCCUUGUGGGAUGAGGAAUGCAUAAAGCUCUGGGCUAACCAGGCUUAUUUCUCCACCUUCACAAAGCAGAACAAGAAUCUUCUCUUCUGUGGCAAUUUUUGCUUCAUUGAUCUUUUCCACGACUGUUUUUUCACCAGGGGACGUUCAGAGUGAUUGUUUGUGGUUACUUUGGGCUGGAAUAUGUUUUGAGGAGCAGGAGGUUGCUGUGCAGGUUCCUGACAGUGCCAGGAUUUGGUGAUGAUGCUCUGUGGCUAGGGGUGAAUUGGCAGAAGGAGGAUCCAUCCCAUAGCUGAGAGUGCUGGAUAUCUGCAUCUGCUUGUCUGUGGUAUUGAGGUGUGUGCAGUCCUAGGGCACUCCACUGCUUGGGAACUGUGGGAGGAGGACCAAGGCCAUCCCAUAAAGAGCUUUGGCUUUUCUGAAAAAAGAACUCUAACUCCUCUCACAAAUGCAAGGUUUUCUUGUUUGCAUGGAAAAAUCAGUGUAAGCUUGGGAAAAUCUUUACAGGCUUUCCUUCCAUAGUUCAAUUUUAACUCUUGGCUCACUCCCUCUUCUUUUUCUAAAUCCAAUAUUCAUAGGAGCUUUGCAGCCAGACAAUAACAUGUGGCCAGAGGGGAGAUGAGCAGAGCUCUGUCCAAGUGACCCUGGAGUCCUCAGUGAUGUUUCCCUCAGUCUGGAAAACUGUGGUGCUCCAAAUGCCACGUUGGAACGUCCAGCUUAAGAACAAUUCCUCAGGUGCUUUUAUUCUUGCAAAUGGGACAGGUUUUCAGUUGAUCUGGUGUGGAGGGGGACAGGCAAAGUGCUAUAAUUCUGAGCCAUGGUCCAGGUGCCUUCAGUCUGUUCUCUAAGAAGCUCUUCACUGUGAAUUACCUUGAUCAUCUGUCUUCAUUCCACAGGAGCAGCUCAGUGCUCAGUUGGUCUUAAAUCUCAGGAGUUUACACUUUUCAGGAGUGCCUUUUUUGGGGAUUUUAGAAACUAAAAUCUCUCUGAAAUGUUUUUUUCUACUCUUUCAUUUAUUUUUUUUUAAUGUCCUUCUUUGACUUUUAAUGGUGGUUCUUAAUUGGGCUCGCAGGGUGUUUUUGGGAAGCUUCCCUCCUGAACGUGCAGGGAGGACAGAAGUGACACCUGCCUGUUCCAGACCACCACUAAUCUCAGUGCUUCUGUUUUGCCUGCUCUGGCUCACGCAGGGGAGGUGGAGUUGGAAUGACACCUAGUGGCAAAUUGUGGUGUGUCCUUGUCCCAGCACAGCCCUCUCCUCGCUGCUCUUUGAGGAGUGAAGGGAAUUAGGGUGGUUUGUCUUUUGGAACUUAGCAGUACUGUGUAAAACAAUCCCAUCCUUUUGUCCUGGAGUUUGGCUGCUCUCUCAGGGGAGAGAAUUACAGCUUCAAAGAAUGUGGCCUGUUGGUUCCUUGAUUUUUAUUAUUUUUGUUGAAGGGUAUUUGAAAAGAAUGUGAAAAAGUCAUCCAGAAAUUGCAUUAAGGAGUCUAAAGAUUUGCAUCCAGGUCUUUGAGCAUGUAGUGUAUUUUCCUAAAACAGAAAUUAUCAGUCCAUUUUUAUUUACUUCUCACUCAGGCUUCUAAAAAUCCUGACACAUCAGCCCAGUGGGGAUAGAAAUCACCCUUCCUGAAGAAGCCUGUGCUGUUGAACACUGCAGUUGUGAUAGCAUCCAGAUGCUCCUGCCCUGUGUUGUUCUUGGAAGCACACAGCUGUACGUGGAGG